GUAAUGCUGCACGGUCACGAGACUCUAUACAGUCACAGCAUACUUACUACACACACACACACACACACACACACACACACAUACACGCACAAACUAAUCUCCUUAACCUUCACACUCUACUGCUUCACCCAAUCUAUUCUUCACCCACUUCACUCACUUCACCACUCAUCCCACAAUGUCAACAUCCUCCACCACCACCACCACCACCACCACCACCAACACAGCCGCCUGGCUCCUCGAGCCCAAAGCCCACCCCUUCCAACUCCGCGAAGCGCCCCUCUGGCAACCCGCCGAGAACGAGAUCCUCAUCCGCAACCACGCCGUGGCCAUCAACCCCGUCGACGGGAGCCUGCAGACCAAAGCGUGGUGGCCCAUGGAAUACCCCACCAUCCUGGGCCAAGACGUCGCCGGGGAAGUCGUGCAGGUCGGGCCCGGAGUGACACGGUUCCAGCCGGGCGACCGCGUGGCCGGGCUGGCCGUGGGCAUGGCCACCAAGCGCGACCAGGACCACGCCUUCCAGGCCUACACCAUCCUCCAAACCAACAUGGCCAGCGAGCUACCCGACACCCUGUCCUACGAAGCCGCCGCUGUGAUCCCGCUGGGCCUGUCUACCGCCGCGUGCGGCCUGUUCCAGGACACCCAUCUCGCGCUGCAGCAUCCCGCGGAGCCAGCACGCCGGCCCCCCACCAAAGAAACGCUGCUGAUCUGGGGCGGCGCCGGCAGCGUGGGCAGCAACGCCAUCCAGUUGGCCGUCGCCGCCGGGUACGAGGUCGUCACGACGGCCUCGCCCCGGAACUUCGACCACGCCACGCGGCUCGGCGCCAGCCGGGUCUUCGACUACCGCAGCCCCACCGUCGUCGACGAUCUCGUGGCGUGGCUGGAGGGGAGAACCCUGGCCGGGGCCAUGGAUUGUAUUGGGUUCGCCGCCACGCCCAUGACCGUGGCAGUGGUCAGCCGGUCGCAGGGGUCGAAGUUCGUGGCCACGGUCAAGGGCGGGUUCGAGGCCCCCGAUGGCGUGACCGUCAAGAGCGUCUUUGGGACCACGCUGAAGGACAAUGCGGUGGGUAAGGCAAUCUACGAGGACUUCCUCCCCCGCGCGCUGAAGGCCGGAUCCUUCGUCCCCGCCCCGGAGCCCCUCGUCGCAGGUCAGGGUCUGCACAGCAUCCAGGCAGCGGUCGAUCGGCAGGCCCAGGGCACCUCCGCACAAAAGGUGGUCGUCGUGCUGUGAGUGAGCUAAACCGGCGGGUUUUGUGUAACACUGAUUCUCGCGUGUUUUCAUCUGGUUCCCGACCUGCCCUCGUAUCCUAUUGGCCUUGUCAUUUGUUGCGAUAUGCUCCGCCCGGCCUGUUGGACUCAUGUACCCCGGGACUGGCCACAGUAUUCGUGUUGUCGGGAUUUUGUUGAAGAAAAGUUUAUGACACCAUAGCCCCAUCAAUAGAA